AUGAGCACCCCCGAAGAUGAUGACCUCAAGCUGCAGCGAGCGUCUGCUUCGCUGCUCUCGGAUUUCGAAAAGCUUCUCCCACGACUCCUUCGAAAACGUAGGAAUGAAUCGAGCUCUGGCCAGGUUCGCCAGCAGGUGCGGGAGGUUGACAUGAACAAGGCUUUCGUCUUGAUUCAACCUUUCCAAGAAGACCCCCAGCUUCUCGACUCUCAUCUUAAGUCUUUCAUCCCUCCCUUGGUUUCUGCCUACCUGGAGUCACUCUCAGCAACGUCACAAGAGAAACCCAAAAAGGGCUUUUUACCCUUGUCUCAUGCCAUAUGUCAGAUAUUGAACCUUCUUUGCAAAGUCAGGGGUGAGAAGGUCAUUAAAGGUUUUCUAAACAACGAGCCACGCUAUCUUGAACCGAUCCUGCAGGAAUUCGAGACUGGGAAAAACUUCCAAAGCAGGGAUGAAGGAGUUCCUUCACAGUCGAUUGUGCCCUGGGUCGAGCGUUAUAUUCUAUUGUUGUGGCUUUCUCAUCUCAUGUUGGCACCGUUCCCUCUCUCGUCAAUGUCCAGACCCCAGUCAACUGAGGAUAUGUCGACUGCUUUCGAGAUAGCAUUACCAUCUGAAGCUCCCGGUAUCACGCUUCGAACCCUAAGUAUAUGUUUUGAAUGCCUCCGGUCUGCAUCUAAAGAACGAAGCGCUGCAGCAAAUCUUCUCGUCACCCUCUGUGUACGCCCCGAUAUGCAGAAGCUUGGCCUGCUAGACACACUAGUCAAGUGGUCGAUGUCGUUCUUCUCGAGAGUCUCAGAAGAUCAAGCAGACAUACAUGAAAGCCUCGGUGUUCUGUCGUUCCUGUCAAGACUUGUAGCGUCCGCCACCAACGAGGAAAUUGGUCCCUUCCUGGCUGCGAUUUAUCGGUCUUGUCGAAGCGUCCUUGAUCAAGAAAGUCUUGCAUUUGUCAAAUCAUCGGCAGUUGCGCGGAAGUUGAUUGUCAAAAUCUUACGCAACAUCGUCAUUCACUGCCUUCAGGCUACAUCUGCUCCUCUGGGACUUGACCCGACAUCGAUACUCGAAGAGGUCAUUGAAUUCUUACUCGAAGCAUUGGCUGAUGGCGAUACUCCAGUUCGGUAUGGAGCCAGCAAGGCGCUUAGCAUCAUUACAUUGAAACUGGAUUCUGAGUUGGCGGAAGAGGUUGUUGACGCGAUCCUUGGCUCAUUAAAUGAGAAUGUUUAUUGGCAAGGCUCGAAACGUAACCUCAGCGGCGUGAACCCGCUCCGGUGGCACGGAUUGACCCUGACUCUUUCUCACUUACUAUAUCGGAGGGCGAUAUCUACUGGCCAAUUGCCUGACGCUUUGAAUGCGCUAUUGCUCUCGCUAGGCUUUGAGCAACGAUCACCCACAGGCGGAUCCGUGGGAACAAACGUUCGCGAUGCAGCUUGCUUUGGUAUAUGGGCACUGUCUCGACGUUAUGCGACAAGCGAUCUCCUUGCUGUAGAGACAUCGUCAAUCCGAGCUUCGGAGCAUCGGAAGACCCUGUCUGUACCUCAGGUACUUGCAAUUGAAUUGGUCAUCGUUGCUUGUCUUGAUCCGGCUGGGAACAUCAGAAGAGGUUCUUCUGCUGCCCUUCAGGAGCUAAUCGGCCGCAAUCCGAACACUGUCGAAGAAGGUAUUCCACUUGUUCAGGUUGUUGAUUUCCAUGCUGUGGGCCUGCGACAGCGAGCCAUGUGUGAGGUUGCGAUCAAAGCGGGAAAAUUGCAGUCGAUGUAUUGGGAGGCUCUAUCUGAGUCUUUACUGGAUUGGAGAGGGACUGGAUCCUUAGACUCAGACUCACGUCUUGCCGCAGCAGAAGCAGUUGGCCUGUUGUCAAAAGAUCAACCUCCAGAAGUAGUCCGACAGAUGUCAGAUCAAGUUCGUGGUCUGCUCGGGGCUCUACGGCCCCGAGAGGUUGAAGAGCGUCAAGGCCUUGUUUCAGCGCUCUCAGCUCUGGUGAACACAUCGAACAUAUCAACCAGUCUUGAAGGACAGACAACUUCGAAGGAAACGACCGUAUCCAAACGAGGGGUAUUCAUUCAUCUUUGGAAACUCUUGGAUAAUGAGCUUGGCCUUGAGGAAAAGGCAUUCACCUCCCCGGCCCUGCGACCCGAGUUGACUGCAUCCUCCGUCUGCAAUUUUAUCGCAGCUAUGGCUGCGAUGACUAACAUGUUGCCAAAGGAUUCAUGGCCACAGGAGAUUCCGACAGUCGAAAUCACACGUCUAUUGAAUUUAUGCCUCGUCCGUCACGAAGAAUCGGUGUUGGAGGCUAUAAUUCCUGCCGCUGCAGCCGUAUUACCGCUUCUCGCUGGGAUUUCUGGAGGUAAUAGAGAUGGUUUGGUGUCUACAUGGCUAUCAAAGCUGGAGAACGAAGCCUCUUAUAGCGGACUUCGAUGUUCUGGUCAUGCUGUUGCGCUUGGAGCAGCAUAUGGGGUACUAACCGAUCGACGAGUGGAUGGUCUUCUCAACACAAACGGAACUGCAACAGAACCUCAAAUGCGCAUUGUGAAAGUACUCACCUUCAGGUGCACUCCAGCGGUUGCCAUAGAGGCACGAACAGUAGCAUUGCGAGCGUUAGGUAUUCUGUUGCGAAGCUGCCGCGAAACCAUUUUGCCAACAGACAUCAAGGACCAAAUUGCCAGCGCGCUACACAUCGCCCUAAACGAUUACACAAUCACCGAGCGAGGCGAUGUCGGAUCUCUUGUACGUCUAGAAGCUCUUAACACGGUUUCAUCAGCCUGGACAUCCAACAUCUUCAAAGACGAGGAUGUCCUGUCCGAUCAGCAGAUUUACACCGAUAUUCUCAGACUUUCAUUGGAAAAACUAGACAAAGUCCGUGCAAGAGCUGCACAGAUCAUGGAGAAAGGUUUCCCCAAGCGUUUCGCAAAGGCCAGCAGUACAACAACAGACGAUGUUUCCUCGCACGCUUACUUUGCGACUGCUCUCGCGAUACUGCAGUCGAGCACCACUCCUGCCAUCAAGCAAGCCAUAUGUCUUGGCUUCGUAAGCUCUGCCGGCAUGGGCUCUGAAUCCGUUGUGCAAAACUCCCGAGCCGCACUACUCGACCUUGUCGACGCGUUGCCAGAUUCCAGUACUUCAGACGCUCAACACUUCACACUGACAGAUCUAGCAAACUGUCUAUCAGAUCUCGUCAAAGGCAAUCUCGACAACGACAGGACCGUCAUCCCACUACUAGAAGUCAUAGCUUUCCUCUUCGACAUGCAAAUCAUGCAGCGUCUCACAACAACUUCUUCCUUCAAUUUCCGUACCCUCCUCUCUCUCACGCAAAAAGCACACUUCAAAUCAUCGCACAUGCAAAAACUCCAUCUCGCCCUCGACGUCUACCGCGGCUUGGGGACUAUCCCAGCGACGCGUGCGGACACGCUGACUAAAGUGGCUAGUAUGCUUCUGCAUCCUUUUCCCAAGAUCCGUAUAACAGCUGCGGAGACACUCUGGAUUUUGACGCGGGAAGACGGGCUCAAGAGGCAGGACUGGAGUUUGCCGGGUAAGAGUUUGAAGAGCGCUGUUGAGGGGAUCAAGACGAAUGUAAUGGCGACAGCGACGACAACCACAGGGGUAUGA